AUGCUCUCCCACGCCGACCUCCUGGAUGCUCGGCUCGGUGAGUUCUCGGCUCUAAACCCGGGAGCGAAACUCCACUGGAUGAAAGAUGCUGCAGAGUUACUGGGACACCGAGAGGCUCUCAAGUGUCGGCUGGGCGGCGGGGUGCCGGACCAGGGCCAUCCGGGAGACAUGGCCCCCGGUUCGGACUCCGUGGAGGGAGCCACCCUCCUGCCCGGCGAGGACAUCACCACCGUGGGAUCCAACUCGGCCGGUAUGACGGUGAACGGGAAAGAACCGGAGAAGCAGCAGCAGCAGCAGCAGCAGCAACAGCAGCAGCAACAACAGCAGCCCCAGCAGAGCUCCGGCGGGCAGGCCAGUCAGCAGAAACAGAAGCGGCACCGGACCCGCUUCACGCCGGCGCAGCUCAACGAACUGGAGCGCAGCUUCGCCAAGACGCACUACCCGGACAUCUUCAUGAGGGAGGAACUGGCGCUCAGGAUCGGCCUGACCGAGUCCAGAGUUCAGGUCUGGUUCCAGAACCGCCGCGCCAAGUGGAAGAAGAGGAAGAAGACCACCAACGUGUUCCGCGCCCCGGGCACACUGCUGCCCACGCCGGGCCUGCCGCAGUUCUCGGCGGCCGCCAUGGAGAACAGCCUGUGCUCGUUCCACGCCAACGACUCGCGCUGGGCGACGGGCAUGCCGGGCGUGUCCCAGCUGCAGCUGCCGCCGGCGCUGCACGGCCGCCAGCCGCCGAGCAUGGCGCAGUCGCUGUCGCAGUGCAGCCUGGGCCACGGCCCGCCGCCCACCUCCAUGGGGCUGUCCAACGGCCUCUCGUCCAACGGCUCCGGCCUGCAGUCGCACCUGUACCAGUCGCCUUUCCCCGGCAUGUCGGCGUCGCUCUCCGGCCCCACGAACGUGUCGGGCUCCCCGCAGCUGUGUAGCUCCCCGGACAGUGACAUGUGGAGAGGGACCAGCAUCGCGUCCCUCCGGCGCAAGGCGCUGGAGCACACAGUGUCCAUGAGUUUCACUUAG